AACAGGAAGUUUAACGACUGCAGAGCGUGUUCUCACUUACUCCUCUCGAGACAGUCUCACAGUCACUUAGCCCAGAGUGUUGCAGAUAGGACAUUAGAGCUAUGGAGGUCUUCAUGGAGGCAGCUGCCUACCUUGAGUCACAGCAUAUUCCAGUGGAGGCUGUAGGUGAGCCAAGUCCUGAUCCACUGCAGGAGGAUGUGUUCCCAGAGGAGGAUUUGUUCUCCCCCCACCAGACAGACAGCAUGGACCUGCCCGACACCCCCGUCCUGCGUACCCCUGUAGAGAUGCUGGAUAGGAGGCACAUGGUGCUGAGAACUAUCCUGGACAGUGAGAGGAUCUACCUCAACGAGCUGGAGACACUGCUGAUGCCUAUGAAGGCUCUAAAGGCCACAGCAGGGACGUCUCAGCCGGUUCUGUCCAGCCAACAGGUCCAGACUGUGUUCUACCAGGUGCCUGAGCUCAGAGACCUGCACCGAGACUUCUACACUGGCCUGAGGGACCGCCUGGGGCACCUGGAGCCACAAGCACACCCAGAGACAGACAAGGGGCCCGGGCCAGGGCUGGGAUUGGAGCAGGGGGAGGAGAAAGAACAAGGCCAAAGCGGCUACCAGCUAAUGGUUGGAGACCUCUUCCUAAAGAUUGUGAGCCAGCUAGGUGUGUAUCGUGGAUUCAUUGAUAACUAUGAGAGUGCUGUUGAGAUCGUGAGGAGGUGUACUCAGACUGACCAGCGCUUCAGGAUACUGGCCGAGAGUAUGAUGUCUCAUAAUGGAUCAGACAGAACUAAAACGAAAUACACCUUUGAGGCUCUCCUGUACAAGCCUCUGGACAGAAUCACCAAGACAACCCUAGUGCUGCAUGACCUGUUGAAACACACUCCCCAGCAGCAUAGUGACCACCCCAUGCUGCAGGAGGUUCUGAGACUGUCCCGGGGCUUCCUGUCUGGGGUCAACGAGGGAUCACAGUGCAAACGAGAGGUCACCCUCAGCAGAGGCAUGCGGCGCCAGCUGAUUCGUGAUGGCUUUGUGGUGGAUGUGUGUGAGGGGGGGCGUAACCUUCGCCAUCUCUUCCUGUACACUGACCUGCUGCUGUGCACCAAACUCAAGGGUGGUGCCCAAGGUAAGCAGCCCCAGUACAGGUUCUGUUGGUACCUGCCUCUGGUUGGACUAAAACUCCACUGGGGACCAGAGAUGGAGCUCACCACAGACACACACCACCGCAUACACGCCACGAGAGCCAAGAUGUACCUGCUUAGACACGAGCUGCGACAGACAAUGAAGCCUGUCCCACAGAAGUGCUUGGCAGCUCGUACUAUAGAGCGAAGCAGAUGGAAGAAGAUGGAGCAGCUUGAACUGAUGAUUCUGACACACUCUCCUCUCCUCCCGCUGGAACUACAUAGCCCCAGCGGAAAGAGCCACACUCUGGUGAUGUCAUCUCUGUAUGAACUAGAGGAGUGGAGAGAGGCCAUCCACAAACUCACCGGAGAUAACAGAGAAAUGGUUCCUCCAGACCUGCUCACCCUAACCAGCUCCUGUGUCAAACUGAGAAUGACCCAACAGCCUCCCUUUCACAGCAUACUGCCUGGUGAGGAACAGUCUCUAUGUGGGACUCUUAGUGUAGCCGUUCACUCUGCCAGUGGACUACAACAGCCAGCCAGUGUGUAUGUGUGUGUGGAGGUGGAUGGCUUUGAGUUCUAUGAGAGCCAGGCCCAGACCCACUCCUCUGUCAGCAGCCUCAGCCCUCACUGGGACCAGGAGUUCUCCUUCCAGGUGGAUGGGGCUCAGAACCUCAGGGUGCUGUGUGUGUUGCAGCCAGAGGAAGGAGAGAGCUGUGAGGACCGAGUCCUUUGCAAGACCUCUAUACAGCUGGACCCAGGCCUCCUACAGAAGCGAUGGAGGAGACAGACCCUCUCUCUAGGCCAGGUGGAGGUGACUAUGUCUCUAAAGUACUGCCCUCACCCUCUAGACCCACCCUGUCUGACCCCUGCCCAGCAACAGUCCAUCUUCUGCAUGCCCAUUGGAGCUGUGGCACAACAAGAGGGUGUCCUGGUGCCACAUGUGGUGCGUUGCUGUGUGGAAGAGGUGGAGCGGAGAGGACUGGAGGAGGUGGGCAUCUAUAGGCUAUCAGCAGCAACCAGUGACAUCACCAACCUCAAGACUGCUUUCAACACCAGUCUGCGUGAGGCAGUGUCCAGGUUGAGGUGUGCAGAUGUGAAUGCUGUCUCAGGUAUACUGAAGCUCUACUUCAGAGAACUCCCUGAACCUCUCAUACCAACAGAAUUGUUCCAGAGCUUCACCAAGGCGUUGGACAUUCCAGACCUGAGCUCCAGGAGUGUGACCAUGUUGUCUCUGCUCCAGUCCUGUCCCUCCGUCAACCAAAACACCUUCCUGUUCCUCCUCCACCACCUCAAAAGAGUGUCAGACAGACAGCAUGUGAACAAGAUGCCUCUGAUGAACCUGGCCACUGUGUUUGGUCCCAGUCUACUGCGCCCCCCUGUGGCUGUUCUGGGACAGUGCAGCCCGACAGUGGACAUCUCUCAGGAGGUGGAAGUGCAGGUCCAGGUUGUGUAUUUCUAUCUGCAGUGUGACAACCUGCCUGAAGCCCAGACAUGCAUAUCACAUGACACAGAGACCACUGAGGAAGAUGAGACCACCAACAUAUGAACCUUAAACUCCUGGAAACAUCACUGUUGGCCAACAGAGACUCAGGAAAAAGAGAGAGAGGGGACAUGUAAUCUAUAGACAUUGUAAAGAUAAAUAAAUAUAUUUAUUUGUAAAGCUU